GGUGGAGGCUUGUGGAGGCGCGUGCUGCACCGACCAAUCGCAGCCCGCCUCGGCCGCCGGACCGCACAUGUUUACAAGAAGCAUUCCGCCGGUAGAGGCUCUGCUCGGUCGGAGCAACGCACGGACUGGAGCGCCAAGGAGCCGGAGCCGGAGUCACGUAACGGCCGUGUUUUCGACCGUUUUCAGCCUCUGCGGAUGGAUGACAACGUAUAUGGCCCAGCGAAGUGACAUAAUUCGACGUAUUUGCUUCCGCCCUUCGAUGUCUUAGUCGCUAAUUCAGGAUUAAAGCCGCCACUUUGUCAAAUCGUGUACAAAUGUUACUUCGGGUCCCGAAAGUGGUGGCUCUUCCGUGUUUUGCCGCCGCCCCCUCAGCUCGCAGGGAGCAUUUGGGAAAACAAACAGGUCGAACGGAUGGAGAUUGGUAGCCCCGGUUAGAUGUGGAGGUUAUUCAGCAGCAAAUUAGUCGCGUUCGUGUUGUCGAUGUUUUGUUUGGGUGCUAACUCAAAGUUCUCCUUCAGUUUUCGGUGCAUUUAGGCCGCUGUUUGGAGUGUUCGCCUCCCGAGUAUGUUGCCGCUUUCUAACAUUGUAUCAGGGCUGUUGCAGCGCGUAGUCUACCCGCUCCGGUUCUGUGUUUUUCUCGACGUUGUUUACCGGUUUUCAUUUCGACGCUUCAUGAUUUAAAUUCAGCGUGUUUUUUUUUUGCCGGCUCUGAAUUCAGCGAGACACUUUUUUUUUUUUUUUUUUAGACAUGCAUACGAGGCGUUUGGUGAAGCGGUCGAUCCUCGGCAGCCGCGUUUACGCGCAAAGUCCGACGGGGAACGGUGCCCCGGUGACCGGGGUGGUCCAGGCUGUCAAGCAGAAAAACAGAGACGUGUCGUCGGCCGCAGGAGCCCGGUUCAGCGUCUACACCGUGCUCAUGCAAGACGGGAGCCUCAAAGAGUUCUCCGAGGAGGAGAUAGCCGCGGGGAUCAACCACAUUGUAGCCAAAGGACCGCUUAAGUCCAGCUUGAAGCAUAGCUCCAGUAACGGAGCUCCAGAGAGCCAUAAGGUGGAAGGCGGCUCCCUCAGCCCAGAGGGCGUGGAGGAGCAGCGGUUUUCGGAGGGGAGGCGCGUGGGCCGGGACCAUGACACCCGAUCAGUGUCCCUGCUGGAGCAGAAACGCAAAGUGGUCUCCUCCAGCAUCGAUGUCCCUCAUGCCAGACGGUCAGAGGAGGAAGUGGACAUGGACAAGGUGACGGCUGCCAUGGUGCUGACAAGUCUCUCCUCCAGCCCGCUGGUCAGGAGUCCACCUGUCAAAGUCAACGACGGCCUGUGGGGUUCGUGGAAGGACAACGGCUCAGCUGGGCCCUUCACCCCGUCCAGCAACAGCUCUUCAGGGGGCUACUGGAGCUGGUCUGCCGCCAGCGACCAGUCGAACCCUUCGACACCUUCUCCACCGCUGUCCGCCGACAGCUUCAAACCCUUCCUUGUGCCCAGCAUGGGCGGUGUGGGAUCCGGCCCCCCAGGGCCUGAGGACCCCAGCCUGGAUGAGCAGGACGGCAGCAGCCUGCUCUUCGACGAGCCCAUCCCUCGCAAGCGCAAGAACUCCAUGAAGGUGAUGUUCAAGUGUCUGUGGAAGAACUGUGGCAAGGUGCUGAGUACCGCAGCCGGCAUCCAGAGACACAUCCGCACCAUCCACCUGGGGCGUAGCUGUGACUCGGACUGCAGUGACGGCGAGGAGGACUUCUACUACACGGAGAUCAAGCUCAACACGGACUCGGUGGCCGACGGGCUGAGCAGCCUGUCCCCCGUGUCCCCGUCCGUGGUCCCUCCCCUUCCCCCCUCUCCUCACCCGCUUCUCAGCCAGCUGUCGGACUCCCACAGGCCUCCGCAGCCGUCCGACGCCAAGGAGCCUCGCGGUGGCGGCGCCACCCCGCUCAGCCGCUCUGCGCCCAGCGCACUCUACCUCAUCCACACGGACCACGCCUACCAGGCCACGGCUCCGGUGUCCAUCCCGUCCAGCAGCAGUAACUCGACCGGCUCAGCCUCCACCAGCUUCACUCCCACCAACAGCUCCAGCUUUAGCGUCUCCUGGCAGUCCCCACCCGUCACUUUCACUGGAGCCAUGGUGUCCCCCAGUAAAAGCCAGGGCUUUGGGGAGCAGCGCUCCCAGACCAUCGCCGUCCUCUCGUCCCCUCCCAGAGCCACCACUGCCCUCAGCAGGAAGGUGCGCGGUGAAGGGAAGAAGUGCCGUAAGGUGUACGGGAUGGAGAACCGCGACAUGUGGUGCACCGCCUGCCGCUGGAAAAAGGCCUGCCAGAGAUUUACCGACUGAAGGCUCCCCACCGACUUCCCAGCGUGCCACACCAACGGGCACUGCUGCCUUUCGGCCAGAUAAGAGGGGAGGGGCUUCAUUUUGCAUGCAAUUGGUUUUCUUCGGCGAAAAGUCACAAGUUCUCCGUCAACUC